GGCAGUCAGUCGGGCGCCGUGGCGGGCCGAACCAGCACCCAGCCAUGGUGCCCAGCCAGGUGGUGCCGGCGCCGACCACCCAGCAGCCGCAGCCGCUCGGCGUCGGCCCGUACACCACCGUCACCGGACAUGCGGUGAUGCUCACUCCCCAGCCGGCCAUGAUGAUACAGCAAACUAUACCCGGCUGUCCCAGAGGCUUGGAGAUUAUGGCGCAAUCUGAUCAGCUGGUCGUCGAACAGAAGCGGGAGCUGCUGGAAGCGUUCACGGGAUACGAGGUGGGCAACAAGUACUCGAUAAACACUCCUUCCGGUCAGACCGUCUACUGGGCGGCCGAGGAGAGCGGCUGCUGCAACCGGCAGUGCUGUGGACGCGGCCGAUCGUUCCGUAUGAGAGUCGUAGACCAACAGCAGAGCGAGGUGCUCUCAUUGGACAGGCCGCUCAGGUGCUCGUGCUGCUGCUGCUGGUGCUGCCUCCAGGAGCUGGAGGUCUCCUCCGGCGGGGUGCUCCUGGGCACCGUCACCCAGGAGUUCUCCAUCUUCUACCCCAGCUUCAGCAUCCGCGGCCCGGACGGCGACGUUCGUCUGCAGAUCACCGGUCCCUGCUGGGGCUGCGGCUGCUGCAGCGACAUCGAGUUCCCGGUCAUGUCAGCCGACGGCCAGCGCCAGGUGGGAUUGCUCACCAAACGCUGGGGCGGCAUCGUCAAGGAAGCCUUCACUGACAGCAAGACGUUCAGCGUCCACUUCCCGCGAGACGCGGACCCGGCGACAAAGGCCACGCUCUUCGGCGCCGCCAUCCUGCUCGGAUACGUCUUCUUCGAGCGUGACGGCAACAAGUAACGGCGCUAGAGAGAAUUCCACCAGCGGCGAUCCUCAGAUGGCAGGUGCAACAGGAAGGCUCCCUUCAAACUUCAUUGCCAGCGGUGCUACAUAUCAGCGGAGCUUGAAUUAAACCGCCAACGUCACUGUAUUUCUAUGAAUGUAUCAACUGGAGUAGGUGUUCGUGUGCCGUCUUUGUGCCAUAUUUAUGAGUGUCCUACUAAGCGUGUGUGUUCUAAUUUGGCUAAAUGAAAGAAGCUUCAUUAUAGCCCAACAGUUAUUACCAGUACCUGCUUAGCUAUUACAAAGCAGUAAUUAUGUUCAGGGCGUUUCGGAGAAUGGAAAAACAUUACCACUUAGUCUGAUUACAAAACGUUAGUAAAUGUAAAUAAAAGGGAUCAUGUACCACCGCAGUAAAUGGCAUCCAUUCGUGGAGUCCGCCAAACGUUUCAUAAUAUGUGGGGCAAA